AUGUGGAAAGUGCUAGCAAAGAGCAGGGCGAGUGAAUCCACCAAAACAUCAGGACUUUGGAAGAGUGAUAUCAAGGAAGGUGGGACGGCCACUGACAAUUGUUGGGGCUCACGACGAAAUCAAUACGCUGCCGCUAAUCCUGAAUGUGCAUCCUAUGUAAUGUGCGAAUUGAACGCUAUAGAGCCGCGAGAUACUUCAGGUCUGCCUACAUUCAAGUCCGGUCUGACGAAACUUAGCAGUUUUGCGGCCGCGUGGUUCCUCAGCUCCGAAACAAAUAACAGUUUCUUCACGCUGUAUGCAGCCGCGAAUAUGCCGACUAACUGCCAGAAAAAAUAUCCAGUAGACUGUUCCGACUUCCACGCAGGAGAAGAAAGAGUAACCACCGAGUAUUUCCACAAUGAACUGUAAAGACUGAUAUAAAAUAUAAUUGAUUCAAUUCUAAUGAAA